AAAAAGCAAAAAAGGAAAAAGAAAAAAAGAAAAAAAAAAAAGCUUUGAUCCUGUCAGGUUCUUCACUACUCCAUCUGCCGUUGGAACUACACAUCUGUCAAAUCUGACUAUAGAACCGCGCUGGCGAGGGGUACUCUACAACUUCCUCCCCUUCCCCCCUCCAUCCCUCACAACAACACCACUCACCAGCACCAGUUGCUACGACACUACUGCAUUUUUACUUUGCCCCGACUAUUGCUUCUGUGACCACGCCCGCCCCGACAUAAAGGUCCCAGCAAGCCAUGGCAGCCAUGGUUCAACAGGCCAACUUGGGCCCGCCUGCAUCCAAGUACCAUAAGGAAGAUCCGCAGCUACCAGCGCCGUCGCAGAUUGAUGAUUCGCGACAACCUCAACAUUCACACGCUACCCACCAGCCUCUUCAACUCCAGCAUCCUAGAUCUGCAGGCAUUCUCCAGCACCAAAAACAGCCUCCAAAGUCUCCACAUCAGUCCGAGACCUCUAUUCCACAGCCUCCGUACCCUUCGCCGCAUGUCAUAGGAAACGGUAUCCACCUACAACGCCAAUCGCCAUACGGGGCUCCUGCUCAGGAACCUUAUUAUUCUUCUCACCCCGGGACUUUUACUGCAACAAGUAGUUCAGGACAUUAUCCUUCAAGCGAAGCCCCAGAUCUUAUGGCGGCAACCGCACAGAUGCAACGCCCUUACCCCCCUAUCUACCACACACCUCAGUCAAAUUCGCCAGCUUCCGUCGCAUCACCUCAAGGCCACGAUCCCCAUGGACGAAGCCUCUACGGGCAGCCGCCUCAAAUGGCCUCGGGAAUGUAUGGCUACCCGCAGUUUCCACCCAUGAACCCUGUCCACACAACUCCGUAUGCGCCUCAUCCUAGCCAACAACAUGCCCAUCUCACAUCCCAACCUCUCCUUGUGGGCCACCAAGGCACCCCGGGCCAACUGCAACACCAACACCAGCAAACUCAACAACACCCCGGCGGAGUUACGAGCAGUCCACGAAUGAAGUUUGACCCAACUCCUCAACAUCCCCCUUCGUCGCAACGAACGCCAUUAAACCAAUCGCACCAGCAGCCACCGGUUUCAGGCGGUACUGUUCAUUCAGGAACGAGCGGAAGCAACACUAGUGCUGCUCCCGGUCCGAUUCCCGCGACGACUCCACUUGUUGUUAGACAAGACGGGAACGGAGUUCAGUGGAUUGCCUUUGAAUAUUCGCGGGAUCGCGUGAAAAUGGAGUACACGAUUCGAUGCGAUGUAGAAAAUAUCAACAUUGAAAACUUGAGCCAAGAGUUCAAGACCGAAAACUGCGUGUAUCCACGAGCAUGUUGCUCAAAGGAGCAGUACAGAGGGAAUCGUCUGGUCUACGAGACCGAAUGCAACGCUGUUGGGUGGGCAUUGGCCGAACUUAACUCCUGUUUACGCGGCAAACGUGGACUUAUCCAAAGAGCAGUUGAUAGUUGGCGGAAUAGCAAUCAAGACCCGCGGCUGCGCAGUCGAAGAGUAAGAAGGAUGGCAAAGAUAAACAACAGAAAAGCUGUUGCUGCACAACAUGCCAAUCAGUUGACAGGUCCCCCUCCUGCAGGAGUUCCCGGUAGUACUGCUCUAGCCACCACGGGAAGUUUGAGUAUGGGAGGUCCACAGCUUCAUCAUCAUCAUGCACACCCUGCUGAAUCGGGCACAACACAGAGUGGAGAGGACGUUAGCGGCAACCCUGAAUACUCGAACGGUACUCAUCGUCCAUCUGCGCCGCCAAACACCUACGCCCAACCUGGCCCGUCCCCAGCAGACAUUCGCCCUGGCCAUAUGUUCCACGGCUACCCAAGUUACCCGAAUCCGGCCUCCUCCCACUCCCAAACUGGGCCUUCCAUGCCCCCUCCUUUGCGUGAUACAGGCCUAGACCAUUUAGGUCGCCAUUCCACCGUCGCCACCUCCCACUCUCGCUCUGAAAGUGAUGACCAUAGCCCCGAUAACACCGCUCUUUUCGGCGACCUUCCCGAAGGACGCCGGAGGAAAUUUAUCCUCGUCGAGGAUCCGCAGCGCAAUUGCAGAGUUCGAGUGAAAGUCAUGCUCGAUCAGGUGGAUAUGAAGGAAAUCCCGGACUCCUAUCGCAAGUCGAACUCGGUAUUCCCGCGAACGUAUUUCCCCGUGCAGAGCCCGUUUGGGCGCGGCAACCGUGGUGACAGGUUCGUUGAUGACGAUGCCGGCGGUAAUCAUGAAGAUAACGGCGACAAUGCGGAAGCGACGGUUGGGCGAACUUUGGUUCCCGUGCCGACACUCGACGGAGAGGCGAAUCUGGCAGUCCCCAAGAUAGCGAGGGGCAAGCGCAAUAAGGAGGUUAUGUUGAACGAUUUGGGAUAUCGCAUGAGCUGGGGACAGAGCAGAGUCUUCUCCGGCAGGACUCUCUUUCUGCAGAGAGCUUUGGACGCGUACCGCAACAAAAUGCGCAGCACGAUGAUUACCGCAACCCAGGAACUCACCUCCGUCGCGCCGCAUUUCGAAACCCGCGUUGGAAAGCGCAAGUGGCUGGAGCGCAGCAAACAGCCCCGAGCAGGCGUAUCUGCCAGUGGGCGCGGCACGCCUGCCGUUACUACAAUAUCCUCCGCCCGAGACGCGGAGGAGGUAGAGGGUUAGGAUUUUAAACCUAUCAAAAACCCAGGAACCAGGAACCAGGAACGGGAAACCAGAUAAAGGGCUUUUUAUUAACUUCCUCGUUCCCACCGGCGGACCCGUGGAUUCUAAAUUUGAUUUAAACCGUUUCCUCGGACUCGCGAAAGUCAAUACACAAUCACGUUAUUUAUCGCAAAAUCGAUAAAUCGACGGAACAGGGAUAUGCGUAUGUAUAUCCAAACACCACAGCCGCCUUUAUUCAUAUAUACGGACACCAAUCCACCCACCGCACCUCGCCACCUACUGAAAGUUUUUUGUACCCAAUUCUUCUGUUAUUAUUAUUGGUAAAUAUUUUUCUUUCAUUUUCCUAUUAUUCUACAUGAAGGGAAACAUUACAGGACGGAAAUGGGCAAAAAAGGGAUAUUAAAAAAGGGAAAAAUGGAUAUAUUUUUGAGAUGAGAAGGAAUCAUCAAUGGGAGGAAUAUUUGUAUGGGAUAUAUAUUAUAUCUUCUUUUCACUAUACUUUUUCUUUCUUGUUUGUUUUAUUUUCUUUAUUUUUAACACACAAUACGGAGUUAAAAAUCUAAGGGAAGGAUGGAAACUGGAAAGGCAAAGGAAAGGGGAAAAUUCGAGGAUAUCUCUGCUUUCUCUUUUUUUCCUUUCCCCUCUUCUUUCUUUCUCUGUUUUUUUUUUCCUUCUUCUUCUUAUUCUUUUGUUAUUAUAUUCUUACUCCCCUUCUCUUUUCUUUUUUCUUCCGCAGAGCUGGGAAAUGGUAUAUUAUAUAUGGGAAGGAAACGGAAAUGGGCUUUUUUUAACUUCUCUUCUUCGAUAUUCAUUUUCGUCUUUUGCUUCUCUCCAAAUGCAUAUACUGUUAUAUUGAUUUCUUUGAAAUUUUGUUUUUUAUCGCUUGUAUGUUAAUUAGGUGUUUACUUUGACUUUUAUUUUUAUUAUUUUUAUUCUAUCUUAUGAUCUUGCUUGUGGCAAUAUCGUUAUCUCGUCUCUUCCUCAUUUACUUUUUUUCUAUUCAUCACUUCUCUUCUUAUACUUCUUCAUAGUGUUGACGUUGUCUACUGCUGAUAGAUAUUAUUGAUAGAUAAUAUUAAC